UCGAUACAAUAAUAAUUGUGGGCUUUCAAUUUCAAAUAAGAAUUUUCCGAGUCAAAACAAACAUUGUAAUUUAUUUUGAUAGAGUUCCAUUCUUACACUCAUUCUUGUAUUUAUUUUUGAAUUCCGUAAAGGGCUAUAUUUCAUUAAUCGAGAUCAUUUGUACACUUUUUAUUCAUUGGAGAAAAGUAUUUUGCAUUAAAUCAUUUCGCGAAACGCAUGCGUAUUAUCAGUUCUGAUAGAAAACGAGUCGACGUCUGCUCUUGUCGCUGUUCGGUUGUCCGGUGCGUAACUUUAUUGUAAGUUCUAACAGCCAAACUGUUUGUUGCAGUGAUUAGUCGUUAGAUUAAGUACUCUUGAAAUAAUUAAACAUGGCGUCAGGAGUAACGGUAUCUGACGCAUGUAAAAUCACCUAUGAAGAAAUAAAGAAAGAUAAGAAGCACCGCUAUGUAAUCUUCCACAUCAAAAAUGACACCCAAAUUGAUGUGGAAAAAAUUGGUGCAAGGAACGAUUCCUACGAAGACUUCCUCACACAUCUGCAAGCUGGUGGGGAGGGUGAAUGUCGCUAUGGUCUUUUCGACUUUGAAUAUAUGCACCAAUGCCAAGGUACCUCUGAAUCUUCCAAAAAACAAAAACUAUUUUUGAUCUCCUGGUGCCCUGAGACUGCCAAAGUCAAGAAGAAGAUGUUAUACUCUAGCUCAUUUGAAGCCCUUAAGAAAUCUUUAGUAGGAGUACAAAAAUGUAUUCAAGCCACAGAAUUAUCAGAGGCUAGCCAAGAAGCAGUGGAAGAAAAACUGAGAUCCACCGAUCGUCAGUAGUUUGAUUAAAUUCUUUUGCUACGACUGUCUACUCACGCACCUACCUACCAAGGUGUGAUAUAUUUAUAAGUAUUUGGAUAUUUAAUAAAGCUUCAUUUUCAAUCCUA